AACACAACACACUCACGGGGGAUUUGAUGAGACACAUUACAGUAAUUAAAAACCGUUCCACUCCGCCUUUCUCAUCCUGCAAAAUGAGCUUCAUGAACAAGCGUUGUAGCCUGAUUCUGGACAUAAUCACCUUGUUCAGGUCGCGUUGUCGUGAACAUGAAUGUGCAUGUUUUCUCUUGUAUGUAAGUGAUACCGGUUGCCACAGCAACAGCCCUAGCUGUUUGAGAGAUUGUAGGGAUUGUGGACAGCCCCCUUUGCCCUAAUAAUCCCUGCUUUCUCUGUCAGGGCGGUGGCCUUUGUAUAAAAUAUAGUUGGGGGAGGGAGGGCAGGUUUUUCUGCUUUCCAGAGGGGUUAAAGGUGAUGGAGAUGAAGAGCGGGUUUCAUAUUUAAAGCAUGUAAGAACAACGCAGGAGAAACAGAGGAAGGAAAGAGAGAAAGUGACAACUUAAUGGUAUACAUGUGAGGGAGAGAGAAAGGGAGCAGUGGAGUGGGAGGAGGUGGAGGGAGGAGAAUCAGAGAGGAUGCUCACUGGAAGCGUGCUGCAGUCGGAAGAGCUGAGAGUGAGGCCAGCAGGUGAACGACAGAUGAGGAGCAGCGAGUGAGCAGAGUGGAGCUGCUGGAGAGGCAGAGGAGAUAAGUGAGUGAAGGGAGGGGAAGAGGAGACUGUGAGUCAUCUGCAGAAACCUCAGAACAGGUCGCUGUCCGGACUUCCCAGGGAGAGCCCAGUUUAAGAAACAAGAUGGGAGUGACACCCGACUUUCUGCCACACUAGAGGCCCAGCCGCUCCAGCCAACACCCAACCACAGCAGCUCGCCGUUCCACAAGCACUCUGCUCCAGCGUCCACAAAGACUCACUGGAAGAAACCCAGCACUACCACAGAAUUAUUUGAAAUGAUUGAAAAGAUGCAGGGCAACAGGAUGGAUGAGCAGAGGUGUUCCUUUCCUCCACCGCUCAAGACUGAGGAAGACUACAUUCCAUAUCCAAGUGUCCAUGAGGUGUUGGGGAGAAAAAGCCCCUUUCCUCUCAUUCUGCUGCCACAGUUUGGCGGCUACUGGAUUGAGGGAACCACCCAUGAGCUGAGCGACUCUGGAGAGGCAGAGCAGCUCCAGCCUCCGUCCCCGAACAGUCGCACCAAGUUGGAAUGUAACACGACAGCUACGCUUUUCCGGAAGCAUUUCCUCGGAAAGGAGCACUUUAAUUACUAUUCAAUGGACAGCACCCUCGGACAUCUGGUCUUCUCUGUAAAAUAUGAUGUGAUUGGUGACCAGGAACAUCUCCGACUGAUGCUCAGAACCAAGAUGAAAACCUACCACGAUGUUAUCCCCAUUUCCUGUCUAACCGAGUUUCCCAAUGUGGUCCAAAUGGCCAAGCUCGUCUGUGAAGAAGUCAACGUGGACCGCUUUUAUCCUGUUCUUUAUCCUAAAGCAUCUCGGCUCAUUGUGACCUUCGAUGAACAUGUGAUAAGCAACAAUUUCAAGUUUGGGGUCAUCUAUCAAAAGUUUGGACAGACUUGUGAAGAGGAGCUAUUUGGUAACAGCAAAGAGAGUCCAGCUUUUGUAGAAUUCCUGGAAUUUUUGGGAGAAAAAAUUGAGCUUCACAACUUUAAAGGCUUCCGGGGAGGGCUGGAUGUGACUCAUGGACAGACUGGCACAGAAUCCAUCUACUGCAACUACCGCAACAAAGAGGUCAUGUUCCAUGUGUCCACAAAGCUGCCUUACACAGAGGGGGACACUCAGCAGCUGCAGAGGAAGAGACACAUAGGAAAUGACAUCGUUGCCAUCGUGUUCCAAGAAGAAAACACUCCCUUUGUCCCAGAUAUGAUCGCGUCAAACUUCCUCCAUGCCUAUAUUGUGGUGCAGGUGGUCAACCCCUGCUCUGACGAUGUUCUCUAUAAGGUGUCAGUGACAGCGAGGGAUGAUGUUCCUUUUUUUGGGCCAGCCCUUCCCAACCCUGCCAUCUUUAAAAAAGGCCCUGAAUUCCAAGAAUUCCUUUUUACAAAGUUAAUUAAUGCAGAGUAUGCCUGCUACAAAGCUGAGAAAUUUGCCAAAUUGGAGGAACGAACGAGAUCGGCCCUGCUGGAGACCCUUUACGAAGAGCUCCACGUGAACAGCCAGGCUAUAAUGGGAGUCGGGGGGGAGGAUGACAAACUUGAGAAUGGAAGCGCAGGAGGGGGGGGCUUCUUUGAGUCCUUUAAGCGGGUGAUCCGCAGUAGGAGCCACUCUAUGGACACCGUGGGUCUAGGUUUCAAGAAGCCGUACACACUCUCCUCUAGCCCGAGUGGCCCCUUUAACCUCAACUCACCUGAGAACCCCAGAUUCAUGGGGACAUCAUUGCUUGUCCCAGGCAAAAGUCCCAGUAAAUAUGGACGCCGAGGCAGUGCCAUAGGAAUAGGAACAGUAGAAGAGUCUUUGAUUAUUCCCGGAAAAAGCCCGACCAGGAAAAAGUCUGGACCUUUUAGCUCCAGGCGGAGCAGCGCCAUCGGCAUUGAAAACAUUCAAGAGGUCCAGGAGAAAAGCAGUAGAGAUCCUUCUCCAAAUACCCAAAAGACACCUGACAGCGGCCAUGUUUCCCAAGAUCCAAAGUCUGACAACUCAGAUCAGAGCUCUCCAGAGGUGCUCACCACAGCUAAAAGCAGUUCUUACUUCUGUGGCAGGACUCCAUCGAUCCCUGAGGCCCACGACCUCUCGCGGUCCUCCUCCAAUGCCAGCAGCUUCGCCAGUGUGGUGGAGGAGAACGAGAACGAGGCCACAGAUGACUAUGACACUGGCAUGGAGAGUUUGUCGUCAGCUGGAACCCCCCACAAGAGAGACUCCUUCACCUACAGCACUUGGUUGGAGGAUAACAUCAGUUACUCCAGUUCCAACAGUCGUGGAAGCUCACCAGGUCACGGUAAACCUGACCGAGUGAAGACGGCUGACAUCCGAAUCAAGUUGGAGCGAUCACAUGAUCAUCAGUCCUCAAACUGCUAGGUUCACCCUCCUGGUUUUAACCGGGACCUCCAUCUUCAGCUACCCCCAUUCGUUUUCUCUCUCUGGGAGAUGAAGGACAUUCAGGCCUUUACCAUGAAGAUGAAGAGAAGCAGCAGGUGGAGCCGGGUACCUGCACCGAUCGUCAGAGCUUGAAAGACACUAGAAAGGCCAUUCACAAAGAGGGGCCAGUUUUGCACACGUUGCACAGUCUUUUUCCUUCCAACUCCUUUUGUUGCCUCUUGUCCUCCGUUGCCAAAUUCCACAUGUAUUUUUCUACCUUUACUUUUUUUUUUUUAAACUGCACAUCAAACUUUUUAUCUAAAAAAAAUUGAUUACUGUAGUUUAGUUGCUUUGAUAAAGUUAUUGUUUGUUGGAUCUACUGGAAGAAGACAGUCCUCUGUCUAGUACUAGUGAGGCUAUUGGUGAAAAAACACAAAUUAAGAGACAGUAUAGCCCAAAAUGGUAGCACUAAAAUCAACAGUAAGAGCACUAAAACAUAAACUCAUAUGGCCUUAGAAUUUGAAAACUGAUUUAUUUUGGCCUUCCUUCAUUAUUUUCUUCACAUGUUCUGCAGGUGUUGGGACAACAGUAACAGAGAAAGCCAGAAAGCAAAUCUGAAUGCGGCUCAUUUAAAGCAAAAUGUCAUAAACAUGGCGAUAUACAUCAACCACUCUGUCACUGCCUGUAUAGUCUGCAAACAUGUGGAUAUUGUCUCUUCUGGGGUGAUUUACUGUUUAGUCCUUGUUGUCUGUUGGAGCGUAACCCAAUCCGGUCAUAAUCUGAGUUGAAUUUGUUUCCAAUUUCUGUCUGGUGUUCAGUAUUUUUUAUUUAUUGACUUGUUCCCUGUAGGUGACAUUGAUGACAAGUAUCUAUCCUCCCGCAUCUCUGUGUUGACCACAUUCACAAUGUGUCGUAUGUGUUGCUUUUGGCAUAAAAUGUAAUAGCACCUGUAAAGCUCUUUAUGUUUCAGGGGUCUCGAUCUUUAUUUUGUGCGGUACAGUUUGCAAUGCAAAUCUGACAAACUAAUGUAUAUUUAUUUGCUUUGAAAGAGACUAAAUAUCUCAAUUUACAACUACUGACAUUGUAAAUAGCUGUUUUGUUGAAGUAAAUAGUGUAAAGACGUUUUAUUUUAAAUAUGACUGACAUCGGAAAAUGACUGCCAAUUUAAUAAUUUACUGUUGUUUUAUUUCUUGUACCCUUAAUAUUAAAACAGUUUCAUUUGUAGAUUAAUUUUUGGAAGAUGUCCUGACUGUUCUGUGAAAGGGAAGCUAUUGCAGUUCAGUACAUCCGGCUGAUGGUUUCAGUUGCCUUAUGUCACACACUGACAGUGUAUGUGAAGCUGGUAAAGCAAAUAGUUCAUUCUCAGCAGGAUUUACAAUGAAAUGAAUGUUUUUUGAUUGGUUGUUUUUAUUGUAAAUAAAGGACCUGAGAACUUUAAAA